AUUAUGUGUUUCAACAUCAUUAUUAGAGUGGAUUGCUAACAGUAUAUAAUAGAAAAGUUUGAAACUUUAUAAGUAGCCAAUAAUUGGAAUGUUACCAUUUUGUCGAAAACAUUCAAUCAAACAUCUUUGUCAUAAUCUAAUUUCAGCAAUCUCAUUAAAUCCCAUUUUCUUUCAACACUUCUUCUCAUUAUCCACCACCGCCGCCGCCGCCGCCGCCAGACCUAUUAAAACUCACGUAAAUCUUCUAUCACUAACCUCAACUCUCAAAUCUCUUACCCAAACAAAACAAGCUCACGCCUUGGCACUUCUAAAUGGGUUUCUUCCACCAAGUAUUUCUCUUUGCGCCGCUCUUAUACUCCGGUACGCCACUUUUCACCGCCCAUCAGCCUCCCACCUUCUAUUUCAGCAAACCCUUCCUUUUGUUCACUCUCCUUUCCUUUUUAAUACCCUUAUUAGGGCAUUUUCAAUUGCUAAAGUUGACGAUCACUUUCAAACUUACAAUGAAAUGGUUAGAAUUGGCGUUAGGCCUGAUGAUUACACAUUCCCUUUUGUUCUUAAGGCUUGUGCUGAUUAUUUGAGUGUUCGAAAGGGUUUGGAGAUUCAUGGAUGUGUGUUUAAACUUGGGUUUGAUUUUGAUGUUUAUGUGGGCAAUACCCUUUUGUUGUUUUAUGGAAACUCUGAGUUUUUGUGGGAAGCUAAGAAGGUGUUUGAUGAAAUGCCCGAAAGAGAUAUGGUGUCGUGGAAUACAAUUCUCGGAGUGUUUUCGGUUAGUGGUUUUUAUGUGGAGGCGAUUAAUUUAUUUUCUGAAAUGAAUACGUCGGGGUUCAGGCCUAAUAUGGUUAGUGUUGUUAGUGUGUUGCCGGUUUGUGCUGAGCUUGCAGAUGAGAUGAUGGCUAGGCAAGUUCAUUGUUAUAUUUUGAAGGCUGGGUUUGAUUUUCAGGUGACUGUGCGUAAUGCUUUGGUUGAUGUGUAUGGGAAAUGUGGGAAUGUGAAGAGUUCAAGGCAAGUUUUUGAUGAAAUGACGGAGAGGAAUGAGGUUUCUUGGAAUGCAAUUAUUACUAGUCUUGCUUAUUUGGGGCAAUAUAAAGUUGCAUUCGAGAUAUUUAGAUGGAUGAUUAAUGAAGGGGUGACACCAAAUACUGUUACCAUCUCUAGCAUGCUACCUGUAUUGGUGGGAUUAGAACAUUUCCACUUUGGGAAGGAAAUUCAUGCGUUUAGCUUGAGAUUUGGAAUUGAAUCUGAUGUUUUCAUUUCCAACUCAUUGAUUGAUAUGUAUGCAAAAUCUGGCCAUUCAAGCAAAGCUUCUAAUGUGUUUCACCUAAUGGCUAGGAAGAAUGUUGUUUCUUGGAAUGCCAUGGUUGCUAAUUUUGCACAGAACAAGCUUGAAUUAGCCGCCAUAGAGUUGGUGAGACAAAUGCAAGUUGAUGCUGCAGUUCCAAAUUCAGUCACUUUCACAAAUGCUCUUCCAGCUUGUGCACGGAUGGGAUUCAUUCGUCCUGGAAAAGAAAUCCACGCGAGGUCAAUCCGCAUAGGAUGCUGGUAUGAUCUGUUUGUCUCCAAUGCUCUGACAGAUAUGUAUGCAAAAUGUGGCUGCCUGAAUCUCGCUCACAAUGUGUUCAACGUCUCUCUCAAAGAUGAAGUGUCUUAUAAUAUAUUGAUUGUAGGUUAUUCCCAGACAACAUGGUGCUCGGAAUCACUUAGUUUAUUCUUAGAAAUGAGCAUCGUAGGUUUGAAGCAUGAUGUAGUUUCCUACAUGGGUGUCAUUGCAGCUUGCGCGAGUCUAGCUGCUUUGAAGCAGGGGAAAGAGAUCCAUGUGUUGGCUAUAAGAAAGCAAUUGCAUAUGCAUAUCUUUAUCGCAAACUCACUUUUAGAUUUCUACACUAAAUGUGGGAGAAUUGACCUUGCUCAUAAGAUCUUCGACCGAAUUUCAAACAAAGAUGCUGCCUCUUGGAAUACUAUAAUAUUAGGUUAUGGAAUGCUAGGUGAGUUAGAGAUUGCCAUUGAUCUCUUUGAAGCAAUGAAAGAAGAAGGUGUAGAAUAUGAUUCAGUAUCAUAUAUAGCAGUCCUGUCGGCUUGUAGUCACGGCGGGCUAGUCGAAAAGGGAAUUAAAUAUUUCAAGGAAAUGCAAACUCAAAAGAUUAAUGCAACACAAAUGCACUAUGCCUGUAUGGUUGACCUGCUUGGUCGAGCCGGACUUAUGGAAGCAGCGGAAGAACUCAUUAAAGGUUCACCUAUUGAACCAGAUUCCAAUGUAUGGGGUGCUAUGCUCGGAGCAUGCAGAAUCUACGGGAAUAUAGAGUUGGGAUGUUGGGCAGCAGAACGUUUAUUUGAGUUAAAACCACGGCAUUCUGGAUACUAUAGUGUUCUUUCAAACAUUUAUGCAGAAGCAGGACAAUGGGAUGAAGCAAAAAGGGUAAGGAAACUGAUGAGUUCAAAGGGUGCAAAGAAAAACCCUGGUUGUAGUUAUGUUCAAAUUGAUGAUCAGGUUCAUGCUUUUGUAGCAGGGGACAAAAUAGAUAAAUUUGAUCCUGGUGUUUGGGAUGCAGAAUUAUGAUAUAAUUGUUGGAUAUUACAGUUCAGUUUUGUAGAUUGAUUCCAGAGCAGAAUGAGAGCUUGUAUAUAUAAUUUGAGGAUUUAAGAUAAUGAACUAGAUUAUGAAUACA